AUGUUGUAUUAAAAUGCAAAAAUUAGAGUUUUGAAAGGUAGUCAUUUUUUAAUUUUUUAGGAGUACAAAAAUAUCGAAGUUAAACAGGGCCUUUUAAAUAACUAUAUUUCAAAAUAAAAAUAUAAAUCUUCUUUAUUGGUUAAUCCUCUUUUAGCUUUUACUUUAUUAAUGCAUACACAAAUAAUUUUAAGUAAGUUGACUUUAUAAUUAAAUACAAUUCAGAAGGAAAAGCUGCUUUAAUCAACCCAUGA